AUUGACGUAAAGCGGACAUUGGCAUACACCAAAGUCACGCUCUUAGGAUAGGUAUAUAUAUUCUAAUCGUUCCAGUUUACCCGAAAAUUCUGACUAGGAAACAACUAUGCCUGAACAAAACGCUAGCCAACCUGUCUUGGAAUAUGGAAAUACUGAAACAGUUGGUGGAAAGUUGUGGAAAAAGACAAAAAAUGAACCUUUUGUUCCAUUAGGUCUCCUUGGUAUGAUCUCUGCUCUGGGUUAUGGAUUUUAUAAAUAUAAGCACAGAGGAAACAUGAGCACAUCAGUUUACUUGAUGCAUUUGCGUGUACAAGCUCAGUCCAUGGUCGUGGGUGCAAUGACCGUUGGCGUAGCUUAUACUCUCUUUAGAGAUUACUGGAAGAAGAGCCAAAACGGCAAUGGCAAUGGAAACGGAAAGCACUGA